AUGGAAGUAAAACCAACAAGGAUGACACUUCAACUAGCAGACAGGUCAGUCAAGUACCCAUAUGGAGUUAUUGAAGAUGUUUUAGUGAAAGUUGACAAAUUCACUUUUCGAGUGGAUUUUGUUAUUUUAGAUAUGGAGAAGGAUAUUGAAGUUCCCCUUAUACUUGGUAGACCCUUUAUGAAAACUACUAGGGUGAUAAUUGAUGUUGAUGAUGGCCAUCUUAAGGUGAGGUUGCAUGAUGAGACAAUAACUUUCAAUGUUGUGGAAGCAAUGCAACACCCAAUAGAUAGAGGAAAUUGUUUCAGAGUAGAAGUUUUGGAUGAUGUUGUAGAGAAGGUAAAGAGUUAG